UUUGACAAUCUGCAAGAAACACAGUAUUAUAUUUUGUCACGUUUCAUAACAGACUGUGUGUCACGCAGCAGAAUGAUUUCGGGCCCUGCCGAGCCUUGUGGACACUGAGGCCCGCACAGAGAUCCACCUUGCACUGGCCAAAGGACCAUCCAGCAGCCAUCCCGAGACAGAAUGUCAAGCAGCCCUGAAGGAAGUCUCUCCAGGGGCGGCAGCUCCGACCGGGACGCGAAGAUGGCUUCUUCGUGCAACACGUCCCCCGAGGGUGGACCUCCACCACCGCUGCACCAGAACCGUAUACGGCAGUCCGACAGUAACACGAGUUUCCUGAGGGCUGCCAGAGCGGGGAACAUUGACAAAGUCCUGGACUUCCUGAAAAACGGAGUAGACAUUAGCACCUGUAACCAGAAUGGUCUCAACGCACUACAUCUGGCGGCAAAGGAAGGACACAAGGACUUAGUUGAGGAACUGUUGGAGAGAGGAGCACCUGUUGACUCUCCCACCAAGAAAGGAAACACUGCCCUCCAUAUUGCCGCAUUAGCUGGACAAGAAGAAGUAGUCAGACUACUGGUGAAGAGAGGAGGAGAUGUCAACACUCAGUCACAGAAUGGCUUCACUCCACUCUACAUGGCAGCCCAGGAGAAUCACUUGGAUGUGGUGCGAUACAUGUUGGAAAAUGAAGGAAACCAAAGCAUUGCAACUGAGGAUGGUUUCACUCCUCUGGCCAUCGCGCUCCAGCAGGGCCACGACUCUGUGGUCUCCCUGCUGUUGGAGCAUGACACCAAGGGCAAGGUCCGCCUCCCUGCCCUGCAUAUAGCAGCCCGCAAAGACGACACCAAGUCUGCCGCACUGCUGCUGCAGAACGACCACAACGCUGACGUCCAGUCCAAGAUGAUGGUCAAUAGAACCACAGAGAAUGGGAAGAGCGGGUUUACCCCUCUGCACAUCGCGGCUCACUAUGGUAACGUGAAUGUCUCCACCCUGUUGCUGAACAGAGGAGCUGCUGUGGACUUCACAGCCAGGAAUGGAAUAACACCUCUCCAUGUGGCCUCCAAGAGGGGCAACACCAACAUGGUGGCCCUGCUGUUGGACCGUGGGAGUCAGAUAGAUGCCAAAACCAGGGAUGGGCUGACCCCUCUGCACUGUGCAGCCAGGAGUGGACAUGACCCAGCAGUGGAAAUUCUGCUGGAGAGAGGAGCUCCCAUCUUAGCCAGAACCAAGAACGGACUGUCCCCACUACACAUGUCAGCCCAGGGAGACCACGUAGAGUGUGUAAAAUUCCUGUUGCAGCACAAGGCGCCUGUUGAUGAUGUCACACUGGACUACCUUACAGCGCUGCAUGUUGCAGCUCACUGCGGCCACUACAGAGUCACCAAACUUCUGCUGGACAAGAAAGCAAAUCCCAAUAUUCGAGCACUGAAUGGUUUCACUCCUCUCCACAUUGCCUGUAAGAAGAACAGAGUGAAGGUGAUGGAACUGUUGGUCAAAUAUGGAGCCUCCAUUCAGGCCAUUACUGAGUCUGGUCUGACUCCCAUCCAUGUAGCUGCUUUCAUGGGCCACCUCAAUAUUGUUUUACUACUGCUUCAGAAUGGCGCAUCUCCUGACGUCCGUAACAUUCGUGGCGAGACAGCUCUCCACAUGGCAGCACGAGCAGGUCAGAUGGAAGUGGUUCGCUGUCUGCUGAGGAAUGGAGCGUUGGUGGAUGCCAUAGCCAGGGAGAACCAGACUCCCCUCCACAUAUCGUCCCGUUUGGGGAAAACUGACAUUGUCCAGCUUCUGCUGCAGCACAUGGCUCAUCCAGAUGCUGCCACCACCAACGGCUACACUCCCCUCCAUAUUUCAGCCAGGGAGGGUCAAGAGGAGACGGCUGCCGUGCUUCUGGAGGCCGGAGCCUCACACUCACUGGGCACAAAGAAAGGAUUCACUCCGUUACAUGUAGCAGCUAAGUAUGGGAGCCUCGAUGUAGCAAAACUUCUCCUUCAACGCAAAGCUCUCCCUGAUGACGCUGGCAAGAAUGGCCUGACUCCUCUACAUGUGUCAGCUCAUUAUGACAACCAAGAAGUAGCUCUGCUGCUGCUGGAGAAAGGAGCAUCACCUCACACAACUGCAAAGAAUGGCUACACUCCUCUCCAUAUCGCAGCCAAAAAGAACCAGACAAAAAUUGCGUUAGCACUGCUGCAGUAUGAAGCAGAGACCAACGUUCUGACCAAGCAGGGAGUCAGCCCGCUACACCUGGCAGCCCAGGAAGGACAUGCUGAGAUGGCCAGCCUGCUGCUGGGCAAAGGAGCUCACGUCAACACAGGCAACAAGACCGGACUGACGUCUCUGCAUCUCGCUGCCCAAGAAGACCGAGUCAGUGCAGCAGAAGUACUCGCCAAACACGAUGCCAACUUGGAUCAGCAAACUAAGCUUGGAUAUACCCCUCUGAUAGUUGCUUGUCACUAUGGAAAUGCCAAGAUGGUGAACUUCCUGUUACAGCAAGGGGCCAGUGUCAACGCCAAAACCAAGAAUGGAUAUACACCCCUUCACCAGGCAGCACAACAAGGGAAUACACACAUUAUCAACAUGUUGCUACAACAUGGCGCCAAGCCCAAUGCUACCACAGCGAAUGGAAACACUGCUCUGACGAUUGCCAGACGUCUGGGCUACAUCUCUGUAGUGGACACACUUAAAGUCGUCACUGAGGAGGUCAUCACUACCACAACGACGGUCACAGAGAAACACAAGCUCAAUGUUCCUGAGACCAUGACGGAAAUCCUUGAUGUGUCUGAUGAAGAAGGUGAGGACACUAUGACAGGUGAUGGAGGAGAGUAUCUGAGACCGGAGGAUCUCAGAGAGCUGGGUGAUGACUCUCUGCCCGGACACUACCUGGACAGCUUCAGCUACAUGAGCCACAACCUGGACAGGCCGCAGCUUACUCCCAUUCACCAGAGUUUCCAUCAGAGAGAGGGAGUUCUCAUCGAAGACAUGCUGACAAGCCACCAGGUGUCAGCCCUGUCCAGAGAGCAGGAUAAGGACUCGUUCCGUCUGAGCUGGGGUGCUGAGCACCUUGAUAAUGUGGUGCUGUCCUCCAGUCUGCUACACUCUGGCUUCCUUGUCAGCUUCAUGGUCGAUGCCAGGGGUGGGGCCAUGCGUGGUUGCCGUCACAAUGGCCUUCGAAUCAUUGUGCCUCCAAGAAAGUGUUCUGCUCCCACGCGAGUGACAUGCAGGCUGGUGAAGAGACACCGUCUGGCCUCUAUGCCCCCAAUGGUGGAGGGUGAGGGGCUGGCUGGUCGAAUCAUUGAAGUGGGGCCCACUGGAGCCCAGUUCUUGGGUAAGCUCCACCUUCCCACAGCUCCGCCCCCUCUAAAUGAGGGUGAGAGCUUGGUCAGUCGCAUCCUGCAGCUGGGUCCUCCAGGAACCAAGUUCCUCGGGCCUGUGAUCGUGGAGAUCCCCCAUUUUGCAGCUCUGCGGGGAACAGAGAGAGAGCUAGUGAUCCUAAGGAGUGAGACAGGGGAGAGCUGGAGGGAACACCACUGUGACUUCACUGAAGAGGAACUGAACCAAAUACUUAAUGGCAUGGAUGAAAAACUUGAUUCCCCUGAGGAGCUUGAGAAGAGAAGAAUCUGCCGCAUCAUCACCCGCGACUUCCCACAGUAUUUUGCGGUGGUGUCACGGAUAAAGCAGGACAGUCAUUUGAUUGGACCAGAGGGCGGGGUCCUCAGUAGCACUCUUGUGCCACAAGUCCAGGCGGUCUUCCCUGAAGGAGCCCUCACCAAAAAGAUCAGAGUUGGGCUACAGGCUCAACCCAUUGAUGUUGAGGUGGUGCGAAAGAUUCUUGGUAACAAAGCCACAUUCAGCUCAAUUGUCACAUUGGAGCCACGAAGGAGAAAGUUCCACAAACCAAUCACAAUGACAAUCCCUAUUCCCAAGAGCUCCAAUAGUGAUGGCCAAAGCGGAGUAUACAGUGGGGAGGUCCCUACUUUACGUUUGCUUUGCAGCAUUACAGGUGGGACCACUCCUGCGCAAUGGGAAGACAUCACUGGCUCCACGCCUCUCACCUUUGUUAACCAAUGUGUGUCCUUCACCACAAAUGUGUCAGCGAGGUUCUGGCUAAUAGACUGCAGACAGAUCCAGGAGUCUGUUAGCUUUGGCUCACAGCUGUACAGAGAGAUCAUCUGUGUUCCAUACAUGGCAAAGUUUGUCAUUUUUGCUAAGACACUGGACCCUAUCGAGGCCCGCCUGCGCUGUUUCUGCAUGACAGACGACAAGAUGGACAAGACCCUUGAGCAGCAAGAGAACUUCACUGAAGUUGCCCGUAGCCGAGAUGUUGAGGUGCUAGAGGGAAAACCCAUAUUUGCUGACUGCUUUGGAAACCUGGUGCCUCUUACCAAGAGUGGACAACACCAUGUGUUCAGCUUCUAUGCUUUCAAAGAAAACAGACUGGCCCUCUUCAUCAAAAUCAGAGACACAGCACAGGAGCCAUGUGGUCGCUUGUCCUUCACCAAGGAACCGCGCACAUAUCGUACUCUUAACCACACUGCUAUCUGCAACCUUAACAUCACUCUCCCAACAUACUCAAAGGAGUCUGAUUCCGACCAAGAUGCAGAUGACGAGAGUGAAAGAAGUGAUAAAAAAUUGGAUUGGCAGGAUGAUGCUGACAGGAAAGAGGAGACAUUAGCUAUCGUUGCAGAUCUUCUUGGUUUCAGCUGGACUGAACUGGCAAGAGAACUGGAAUUCAGUGAAGAUGAUAUUAAAUUAGUGCGAACAGAGAAUCCUAAUUCCCUCCAAGAGCAGAGCCAUGCCUUGCUGCAGCGCUGGGUUGAGCGGGAAGGCAAACAUGCCACAGAGGACUGUCUUAUUAAGAGACUAACCAAGAUCAACCGCAUGGACAUUGUCCAUCUCAUUGAAACCCAGAUGAACAAGUCAGUUCAAGAGCAAACAUCUAGAACAUAUGCAGAGAUCGAGAAGACACUGGAUCACAGUGAAGUGUCAGUAGCCCUAUCUUUAGUUCAAGAGGAUGCAGACAGCCCCCGAAUCGUAAGAAGGGUGGAGUCAGACCGCAGACCACCCCCAGCUGUUUCUGAAGAGGACCUAUCAGUUGCUUCGCUACUGGAUAUUACUUCCUGGGCAGAGCCUGCUGGACACACGCACUCAGAGAGCAUGCAUGGUGACCUGUUGGACGACCUUGAGAUCCCACAUGAAUUGAACCCUAACCUGUGGACCUCUGAGGAUUUUAUUGCACAAGAACCUACAAGUAAUGAUCAUUCUAAUGAGCAAGCUGAUGAAAUGCCUGAAUUCCCCUCUCAGUCAGUGAUGGAAGAAACGUACAAAGAUGAAAAUGGACAUACUGUUGUCAAAAAGGUUACGCGUAAAAUAAUUCGCAAGUGUGUUUCCGCGGAUGGUUUGGAGCAUGAAGAGGUCUCAUCAGAGGGCGCUCCACAGGAGUCCAUCAGUAUGGCAGAGGGAGAUGGAUACUCUAAGGUUGUAAAGCGGACUGUACUAAAGAGUGAAGGAGAUCAAACAGAGGUAACAUUUGCUGAACGUGAGGGGUUUUCAGCAUCAAGUCAGGGGGCAGCUGAAGGUUGUAAGGUCAGUUGCAAGGAAAAGACAAUGAUGGUGGAGGGGGAAAGGCAAAUGACCCACCACGGUGAUCCAUCUUUGGCCUCUGACCUACCGUCUGCCCAGGAUGACUUCAAACAGGCACUAGGUUAUAUAAGUGGUUUUAGCAGAGCAGAGCUCCCUCAUGUGGUAGAGAGAGAGACUGUCAAAGAAGAUGGAACGGUUGUCAGGAGGGCCCGCAUGCGUAAAGGUUGCACCCACAGGCGAACAGUCGUGAAGGAGGCUGGGCAGCGCAAACAUGUCCUUCUAGAGCAAGUGGACAACCCUAGAAAAGGGUCAAAACCAAACGACCUCCAGCAGCAUCUCCACCAACUCUUUCACAGCUACUAUAAAAAAGAAGAGGACGACAACAAUGAGAAAAAAGUAGAGAAGGAAGAGUAGAAGAGUGUGUAACCCUUCACAAGACCCUUGCUCUGCCCAUGCUAAAGUCCCAUCCUAAUCCUAUGCAUAAGCCACAUGCAAUCCCAGUGUGCACCUCAAAGCUGCCACUAUCUUCCCAUUUUAGUCCUGGAAUAUGAUCUUUUCAUCACAAUUUGUUUUGCUUUCAUGUUCUGAUGUUGUUUUGCCUUUUUGUGACCAAAGAAAGCCUUCUGUAGUUUCCCUCAUUCGUUUUAAUAACCAUGUCAUUUUUAUCUUGAUGCUGUGGUAGAACUACAUACAUACAUACAAUGAAAAAAUAGGAAUACUUUCACAUCCACUAACUCACAAACCUCCUGAAGGUAAAGACACUUUACCUGCAAAAUACUGGUACUAUACUCUUUAAGUAGGUGCUUGGACUGAAAGACAACAUCUCUCACACUGCACUGCCUCUGACAACCAGAGUUUCUCAGAUAUUCCUUACUAGAAAAUGAUCUCACUCACUGUACUAGCCUCUUGCUCUUUUGAUUCAGGUGAUCAAGAUGUCACACAGAGAAAACCAGACUGUAUCGACAGUGAAAUGUACUGCUGCUGCUGCUGUGUUUUGUGCAGGCUAUGUGUAAUCUGUCUUUGGGAAUUAUAUAUUAUCUAUAAUCUAGACAUUACCGACAUCAGUAGCUAGUAAUUAAUAAUCACUAAUGUAAAGUAGAGAAGGCAUGACUAAUCAACAUCUGUCAUUAUGAUCCUAGAUUUGACUGCUUUCUAAUUCAAUGGAUUGCCCUUCUGCAUCUCUAUCCCUUCCUCAUUGUUCUAUCUUUCUGUGUUUUUAUGUUUGGCUUUUAUUUAUUCUUUUGGGCCUUUUUUGUCUUAAAUUGUUGUCUUGACUCAUACUGUAUGAAUCUGUGAGUGAUGUUGUUCUGUGUAUGUUUAAGUGUGAGCUAAAGAGAUAGUAUUGUCAGAAUUAUUAUAGGCUUAUUUUAAACUAUGUUUUUCAAGAUGUUUUGGUUUAUUUUUGUUCUUGAGUUAAGUUUACUAGUAAUUUUAGAUUACCAGCCUAAUUAAUCUCUAUUUGCCACUGGUGAAUACAAUCAUCAUAGGCGUUUUAGAGUCACUUGUCUGAUAUGAAAAUUGGUUUUGGUUUUAUUUAAUUUUAGAUGUGAAUAGUUUAUCUUUUGAACACGUUUUGGACCAGUUUUUGGUAGUUGUGCUCUACUGUUUUUGAGUGAAUGGGUCUGUGUGUGACAGUUUCUGUCAGCAAAGAAAAUAAACAACAUUAUUUUACACAACACUUAUUUGCACUCCUGUAUGUCAGGAAGGAGUACCUCCAUGCUUUUUGUGUACAGGAAAUAUGGUAAAGUUAGCCACAGAGAUAGUUUCAUGUUGGCUGGGCAGAUGAUAAAUUAAACAUGAUGAUACAUUACAUGUUAGAUGCUUUUAACCAAAGCGACUUACAUACUCAAUACUGUGGACAAUCCCCACAGGAGCAAUUUGGGGUGAAGUGUCUUGCCCAGGGACACAACCACAUGCUGACUGCAGUGGGGUUUGAACCUGUGACCCCCUGAUCCCAACACCAAGGCUCUAUCCACUGCGCCACAUGCCUCCUACAUACACAAGGCACACGCGCAAUGAGGCAGGUUGACAGCUUAACCAUACCAUUAUUCACAGCUCAGAGCAUCGCUACUGUAUGUAUCUACAACAUGUAAUGUAUUUAUUUCACUAUCACUGUUUACUUUGUGAUUUAGAAAAUAUUAAAUGCAAACUAGUGGAAGUUCACUGUGACAGGUAUGCUUUUAAUUUUGAAGAAUCAGCAUCCCUUUUCUGUGAUGAUGCCAGUUAUAUAAAUAUACAAUGCAUAUAUAAAUAUCUAUAAGGGCAUGUAUUACUGUAUCAAAAUGCAUAUAGACAAAAACUAAAUGGCUGCAGUGUGUCUAUGGCUGACAGAGAAUAAAAGUCUACCAAUGUAAA